AGCGGCUGCUCGGCGCCGCUGGAUGGGCAGAAGCGCCUCGGCCGCCCGGGGGUCACUGACUGUGGUAUCGUGAUAGCCGUCGGCGGAGAUGGCGGAGGCCGAGAUCCCCGCGGCAGCCCCGCGGCUCUUCACGUGGGACGAGAUCCAGCUGCGAUCGGGCAGGGCGCCGGAACGGUGGCUGGUGAUCGACAGGAAGGUCUACGACAUCAGCCAGUUCCACAAGCGGCACCCGGGGGGCUCCCGCGUGAUCAGCCACUAUGCGGGGCAGGACGCCACGGAUCCCUUCACAGCAUUCCACCUGGACAAGACUCUAGUAAGAAAGUACAUGAAGCCCUUGCUCAUUGGGGAGCUUGCAGCAGAUCAGCCCAGCUUUGAACCCAGCAAAAAUAAACUGCAUGUAGAUGAUUUCCGUGAGCUCCGUGCUACCAUUGAGAAGAUGGGACUUCUGAAUCCCAACCGCUUCUUUUUCUUCCUGUACCUCAUGCACAUCUUGCUGCUGGAUGUGGCAGCUUGGCUCAGCCUCUGGUACUUUGGACCAUCCUUGGUCCCUUUCCUCUUCUCUGGAUUGCUGCUUGGCACUGUACAGGCGCAAGCUGGCUGGCUGCAGCAUGAUUUGGGACACCUUUCGGUCUUUGGCAAAUCUAAGUGGAACCACUGGGUUCACAAAUUUGUGAUUGGACACCUGAAGGGGGCACCAGCUAGCUGGUGGAAUCACUGGCAUUUCCAGCACCAUGCUAAACCUAACUGUUUCCGCAAGGACCCUGAUCUCAAUAUGCAUCCUUUGCUUUUUGCGCUGGGAAAGAAACUCUCUGUAGAGCUUGGUGUAAAGAAAAAGAAGUACAUGCCUUAUAAUCACCAGCAUAAAUACUUCUUCAUCCUUGGACCACCAGCUCUGGUGCCUCUCUACCUGCAGUGGUACAUCUUCUACUUUGUUGUCCAGCGCAAACAAUGGGCGGAUCUGGCCUGGAUGGUGACUUUCUACAUCCGUUUCUUUUUGACUUACUCAUACCUACUGGAACUGAAGGGUCUCCUUGGUCUCUUCUUUCUGCUCAGAUUUAUAGAGAGUCACUGGUUUGUCUGGGUGACACAAAUGAACCACAUUCCAAUGAACAUUGAUUACGACAAGAAUGUGGACUGGCUUUCAACCCAGCUCCAGGCAACAUGCAAUGUAGACCAGUCCCUGUUCAAUGACUGGUUCAGUGGGCAUCUCAACUUCCAAAUUGAGCACCACCUUUUCCCCACCAUGCCUCGACACAACUUCCACAAGGUGACCCCCUUGGUGAAGUCCAUAUGCGCAAAGCACGGCAUCGAGUACCAGUCCAAGCCUCUGCUCACAGCCUUUGCAGACAUUGUACAUUCUCUGAAGGAUUCAGGGGAGCUCUGGCUCGAUGCGUACUUGCAUAAAUAAGAAGCAGGGGACAUCUCUCACCCUUGCUGCCUCCUGCCACUGGCAUCUUGAAGAGAGCAGAGGCCUGGCUUAAUCAACCGCGGGCAGCUGUCUGAGCUGAAUGCUGGGACUGAGUAUGAUGUUUCAAGAAGUCUUGUUCCUUUCUCUUCACUCAUGCACCUCACUCUCCUCCUUUCUGCUCUUGAAGAUACUGCAACCUUUCCAGAUGUGCACGUUCACCAGGAAGAACUCUCCAGGACCAGGAAACGAUGCUCAUUUCUUUGCCGCCAUUUCACUUGCUUUGUAUGUAGAAGGGAAAUCUUAAUUAGGGAUCUUUUAAGGCUUCUGUCACCCUGGGGUCGAGCUUGCCCGGCUCCCUUGUAGAGUAAAAAAGAACCGAGGAUGUGGAUGUAGUCUGAUGAGCGAGGUGGAGAGGAGAAGGCCUGGGGAAGGAGAAGAAAAUGCAGGAUCUGAGGAGCUGGUGGUUGAAAGAUCAGAUUAGGACACGAAAGCUUGAAGUUGGGAAAUGAGGCAUAGCCGGGACUAGAGAAGACAACAGGUGCCAAACUGCUGUGCAGGUGAUUGUGAGAAGAGAGCAGGCACACACACAUUCCAGGCCAGGCUAGAGAAUGGCCAGCCUAUCUUAACUAUGGAAAGCAGUCUGGGCUAGGCUUUCUGAGGCCAAGAUGUACUUUUCACAAAGACAAAAAAGUGCCUUAAUUACAGACGUGGCACUACUACCACUCCACAGGGCCACAUUUUGAAAGGGGGAUAAUGAAUGUCUGGUCUGGCUAUUGGUCAAACUUCCAGAGGGAAAUGGGGAGUACGAGUGCCCAAGUCUCUCAGCUUAGCUACUGAUAUGCCUCGAGAACAAAUAGUAUAUACUUUCACACAACUGGAACUGCACUCUUUCUAUAUUGCUCGGUUGCUAAGGGCUGUUUCUAGAUCACAUACCUGAUUAGACUAAUUCUGUUCUACAAAUAGGACUAAACUUCUGGGGUAUUUGCUGCUACAACAGAGGGGGUGACAGCAACUAAAGCACAAGUCCAGAGCAGGCAUUCUCAAAGAUGUCAUGGUCUUUCCUUGUCUCUAAAUUGGGAAUGAGGGGAGGAAGAGUUUGAAUCUUCUCAUGCUUAUUUCACUUGGUGUCUGAUUAGUUGUGCAAUUACCGUAGUUUUUUUUUUGGGGGGGGGGGAGCCACCAUGGGGUGUCUGUAAUUCUUUCAUGGCUUCUUAUUCACACAGAUGUCUUCCCUUAUGGUGAAACUGGCAUGCAUAUCCUUGAGGCAGUUUGGCUACUGAAAACAAAUGGCACUUCAUAGUGACAUUGGUCGUCCCCCGUCCCCCCAACAAUUUGAGUGUUAUCAACUUUCUCUAACAGCUAAGAGAUGUAUCUCCUGGAUCAUUCUGUUCUUCCUGGUCCAAAGGAAGAUGGUAGGAAGGUUCAGACCCAAGUUGCUGCCUUGGGCUUCUCCAGGAGGAAGGGCGGGAUAUAAAUAGAAUAAAUAAACAUAAUAAGAAAUAAUAAAGUGAGACUUCGAUUCUCCGAAGGAGAGACCAUAUGGAGACGUAUCUCCCCACAAAAUGGGUUUUGCCUUGCAGUUCAACGAUUGAGGUGCCAGAACUGAGUUCCAGUGAGUUCUGGCUGAGAAAAGCCCUGGGUUUAUAUGCAUAGCAGUGAUUAGGAGAGUAAGCUGAGAAGCAGACCAGAAAUCCAUUCAUAAUGAAAAUCUGUUAGAAUGGAGUUGCCAAACCUCCCAGCGACAGGGUAUUAGUUUUCCAUAUGAAUGCCUGGUGCUUUGAGACAAGACCCUUAGCUCUAGAGAGGAGUGGUCACCCACUGGCGAGCUUUAAAGCAGGCAUCCCCAAACUGCGGCCCUCCAGAUGUUUUGGCCUACAACUCCCAUGAUCCCUAGCUAGCAGGACCAAUGGUCAGGGAAGAUGGGAAUUGUAGUCCAAAACAUCUGGAGGGCCGAAGUUUGGGGAUGCCUGCUUUAAAGCGUUAACAUUCCAGCCCAGAGGGAAGGGUGAUACAGCCUUCAAAACAAGCCACCUCUGAUUCUUUCUUGUAUAGUGUGCCUCUUAGGAAUGCUUUUGGAGAAAAAGCAUGCUGCCUUGGAUCGCCACCAUAGCCUUAUGUUGCCAUUUGAUAGAAUCUGUAGAACAUGAAAAAGCUCAUCUGCCGGAUUAGACAUGUGGAGUUGCUCCUGGCAUUAUGUUCCUUUGAAAAUGAAGCCCUAACUCUGAAGCAUCUUUCUUUUCUCAACCUCUAGUCUUUCCUUCCAUGAGUUGAUGCCAACCUUUCUUCUUCUUCCAAUCUUCACUAUCUGCUGAUCUUAUAUAAGCAGCAUGUGCUGGCUUCCUUCCUUCCGAUAAACCUUUCCUGUUUGCACAUGUUGCCGUCUCCCAAAAACUGCCAACAACGCCAAACUAGAUGCGGUGGUGGAGAACCAGGACUGGAUCUUGAGUUUCUUUAAAUUUUGACAAAUAGGAGCUGCGGGUGUUUGUGUCCAAAAUCUAAAUGGGGGUCCACCCUUCACUCCAGUUGCUGUUUGCCAUUAGGGAAAAUGUAAAUGUGCACAGGCUGCACCCAUAAAGGGGUGAUAAAAGCAACUUGAAUGGCUUAUUCAGUGGGAAAAUAGCACAAGUAUUAACUUUUCAGGUAGUUGGCUGCUAUUUGUCAUUUUUUAAAGAGGCAUAUCUCUACUGCCUUGUCUACUUUGGCCCUCCUGAUUAUAGAAGUGGCCUUUGCAGGGUUGUGGCAUAGGAUAAAAAACAUCACUACCCCUGCGCUUAUUAUUAAGAGAGGAUGGAAAGGCUGGAGGCAGAGGAGUGUUUGUCUCCCCCAUGGAUGAAAACUCUGGACAUACAGUAUUCUCUUUCGUGUGAAUUUUUUGAUGGGGGUAACCAUACUGUAAAAAAACAACAACAAAAACUUAAUGUGAGUGUUGAAUAAAUAAGAGUAGGUGAAGCAAACCGUGUGUGCAUCUUUUUAAUCUUUCCCACCAUUCUGUUCAUUUUCCUUCUUCUCUUGCUUCAUAC